CAAAAACACAGCCUUAAAACCAUUUGGUGUGAUACAUGAAAGAGGGUGAAUGAGUGAGCGAGAAAUCAAAUAUAUGUACACGCGAGACGUAUUUGUUCGUUUGCCCGAGAAUCUUGCUGACGUGAUUUUUGUGCGUGAAUCUGUGAUUUUUGCUAUGGUUUUAUAUUAUUCCAGUUUUUAUCAGUCAACUCCAUGAACAUUCAAAGAAUAAGCAGAGGAUUUUGAAAUCUCAUUAAAAGUUCGUGAAUAUUAGUAGAAUUAGUAUGAUAAUAAAGAAAGUUUUACAAUAGUUUGUUUUUCCAACGGAAAGUUGAUAUUUCAUCUCUCUUUUUUAAUAAGCGUAUAAACAGUGCUCUCAUAAGAAAAAUGAUUAUGAAACCAGUGUUAAAAAGCAAAUGUGCGAAACCAAAAUUGAAGAAAUAUUAUUGAUGAUUUUGGAAAUAUGAAAACGAGAAAGAUUAAAACGUGAAUGAUUAAAAAGAAAAAAAUUGUAGUGCCCCAGCAAAAACAUAUAGAUACAAUUACAUAAACGCAAUGCACGCAGCUUCAUCCAAUACAACGUCACCACUCGAUUUACGGCCCGCCCUCUUGAAUGGUUCAUCAACCAAUAAGACUGCAGUAGUAUCUAACGACGAAAAAGCACGCACAUCAUUGGUGAAACCUCCCUAUUCUUAUAUAGCGUUAAUCACAAUGGCGAUACUACAGUCACCCCAUAAAAAAUUAACAUUGAGUGGAAUAUGUGACUUCAUUAUGGCACGGUUCCCAUACUACAAAGAAAAGUUUCCAGCUUGGCAAAAUUCAAUUCGACAUAAUUUAAGUUUAAAUGAUUGUUUUAUUAAAGUUCCACGAGAACCAGGAAACCCAGGUAAGGGUAAUUUCUGGACCUUGGACCCAUUAGCAGAGGAUAUGUUCGACAAUGGUAGCUUUUUACGUCGACGAAAGCGUUAUAAACGUACAACAAUUGAUCAUUCGUUACCAUUUCCAGCGUCAGUUUUUGGACCAUUCAAUCCUUUUUGGGUAAGAAAGCCAGUGCCAAUUUUUCCGAUUCAAUUCAGUAUUGAUAACAAUGUUGGAAGCUUUUUAUCAAAUGGUUUUCAAGAAAACUUUGAUUUAAUGGCGGCAGCUACUUCAAAUGAUUCGGCAAUUAUCAAAGAAAAUCACAAUACAAACUUUCAACGUGGUUCAAAUGCCAGUGAUGCGUCCAUGAAGAGUACAUUCUAUGUGAAUCCUACAAAUAUUGAUUUAUUAAGACACAAUAUUAACGUUCUACGCAAUAACCCGAGUAAUAUAAACGACAUAGAUUUUCAUUCGGUUAGUAAUAAAAAUGACUUAUUUUUAAAUUUCAAUCAAAAAUCAAUUUUUCGAACAACUAGUGAACAUCUAUCGCGUUUAACAUCUGAAAUGUUUGGCAGUGAAUCUCAAAAUGAGCAAUACCAUCAAAACGUUCCGAAAGAUACAUCAUUUCAAAAAAUAAAUGUUGAGGAUGAUAAUACUGAAACUAUCAACGAUAUUCAUUUAUCAGAUACAGAAUGUAAUGACAAUUUUAUAGUUACAAACUUGAAACCGAAUAAAGAUGUGCAGUUAUUUCAAGAUCAUUUUGAUGAAAAAAAUCCAUCUCCAAAAGACUCCAACAGUAAUAAAAAUGGCGAAACCAUAUUCAAGAUACAAUCUCUACCAUUUAGUCAUAGAGCUGAACAAGAAGUUAUACUAACAGAUAAUUUAGAAGAUAUCGGCAAAACAAAAUAUCAACAGUGGAAUUACUAUAAUCAAACGCAAGGGACUAAAAGAAAUUUUGAAUUUGCAGACAGUUCUGAUUAUGAUUGUGAGCUACAAAAAAAAGUGAAAAAUAUUCGAAAUGCAAAGUAUUUUAGUAUUGAAAAUUUGAUAGGCAGAUCAAUUGAUAGUAGCUGAAGAACGAGUGGCGAAUAGUUCACAAUUCCUAUUGAUUUGGAUAUAUUUGGAAUAAAAUAGUUUUAUUUGGUGCAAAAAAUAAUUGGAUUAAGUGAACGUUUUCAGAG